CUUUGUAUACAGAUAAAAUGGCUACAGCUCUAAAGAACAUCAGCCCCCAUCUUGAAUGCGACAUAUGCGCAGACAAAUAUAAACAGCCCAAGGUGCUGGAUUGCAUGCACAGCUUCUGCCAGAAAUGUCUGGAGAUAUACUACACUAGUAGCUAUGCGGGUCAGCCUAAGAUUCCUUGCCCUGUAUGUCGACGGGAGACAGUACUUCCAGAGACACGCAUUCAAGGCCUGAAAACAAAUUUCCAUUUGAUGGGAAUAGUUGACGAGGUCUCACUCCAAGAAAAGGUGGUUAUUAGUUCAGUGAAAAAAACAACACAAGAAGAAGAUGAGUCUAAAUGCCAGAAACACAAGGGGAAAGUGAAAUGGUUUUAUUGUGAGACAUGUGAAGAGUUAAUCUGCCAAGACUGUACUGUAGUAGACCACCGUGAACCAAAACAUCACUACAUUGACUCUGGAGAGGCUUCUCUCAAAUACAAACAGUCACUGCAAGAUAUGUUUCCAAAUGUCACCACCGGCAUCAAAAUACUUCAAAAGGCUUUGGCCAUUUCAUCACAAGCUAAGCAGAUGUUCACACAGAACGUCACAAAGACUGUGAAAGCUGUGAAAGACAAGGCGGAUAAAAUGAGAGCUGAGAUAACAACUAAAGAAACAAAGAUGAUUGCAGAGAUCAAACAACUCCAGCAGGAUCGCAACAGAACAUAUGAUGAGCAUCAGUCAACACUGACAAUGAUGCUAAAGAGUAAACGACAUUCCUUCAGUACAGCUCAGGAUGUCAUAAACACUGCAUCUGACAGUGACUUUUUGUCCCUAUACCCUAUCAUCAGCAAAGACAUGAAAUCACUCAAGAGUCAAAAUUCUCCCCAGAUUGAUCCCAAGCUUUCAUAUCUGAGCUUCAUCCCCAGUCAGAGGAUUGGUGACAUCAAUCUGGGCAAGCUGGCAGUCAAAGGCAAGUGGGAGAUGUGUCGUGAGUUUGGUAAAAGAGGAAGUGGUCCAGGACAGUUUGAUGGGACUCAAGGUGUUACUGCUACUCAACCUGGUAAAAUUGCUGUGGCAGACUGUUGGAACGACCGAGUGGUCAUCUGCAGCAAUGAGGGACAACACAAGGGAACCAUUCCCCUACAACAUCUGACAACUGAGAAUAAAAACCAAUAA